AUGGCGCACAAAAAAUCUUUGGAAGCCCUUGAUCGCACUUUACAGGACUUAAGAAGUAAUAACAAAAUAUUUGGAGGUGCAUUAGUUCUAUUAGCUGGCGAUUUUCGUCAAACGCUUCCGGUAAUACCGGGAUCAACGCCAGCUGAUGAGCUAAAUGCAUGUCUAAAAUCAUCAUACCUUUGGAAACAUGUUCACACACUAAAAUUGACGACUAAUAUGCGUGUUCAGUUGCAACGUGAUGCUUCAGCUUCAACUUUUUCCAAACAAUUACUGGAUUUAGGGAACGGUAAAAUGCCAAUCCAUCCCACAACAAAAUGUAUAACAUUUCCAUCUGACUUCUGCAGGAUGACGCAAUCUAUACAAGAGUUAAUAAAUUGCGUUUUCCCCAAUAUCGGACAAAAUUUUAAAAACAAGCAAUGGUUAUGUGAACGCGCGUUACUGGCAGCCAAAAAUAUAGACGUUAACUCCAUCAACAGCAACAUUCUGAAUACCAUCGAUGGUAAUCUAAAAAUUUAUAAAUCAAUCGACACUGUUGCAAAUAUUGAGGAUGUCGUCAAUUAUCCAGUAGAAUUUUUAAAUUCGUUAGAUUUGCCGGGCUUUCCACCACAUGACUUGCAGUUGAAAAUUGGUGCUCCUAUUAUUUUACUAAGAAACAUUGAUCCACCACGACUUUGUAAUGGCACUCGACUUAUAGUAAAGAAAUUAAUGAACAAUCUAAUCGAGGCGACCAUUAUAACUGGAAAGUACAAUGGAUCAGAUGUAUUGCUGCCACGUAUUCCGAUGAUAACUUCGGAAAUGCCAUUUGAUUUUAAGCGAUUGCAGUUUCCUAUUCGCCUAGCAUUUGCAAUGACAAUUAAUAAAGCUCAAGCGUUGUCUUCGCAAUCUCAAAGAGCAAAUGAAACUUCGGGAGAACGAGAAGCUCGCCUCAGAACUGAAGCGAGUAGAGCUUCAACGUCUAGAGCAGCUGCGGCUUUUGAACAAUACAGCGAACGUAUUGAAAGGGAAAGAUCGCGAUCAUCAAUAGAGCGAGCUGUCGAAUCAGAACGCGAAGAACGACAUCAAAGUCAGCGACAACGAUCCACAAUAUCACGAGCUAACGAAACGCCGUCAGAACGAGAACUACGCAUAGAAAAUAUGCGGCAGCAUGCCACAACAUCACGAGCUAACGAAACACCGCCAGAACGAGAACUACGCAUAGAAAAUAUGCGGCAUCAUGCCACUACAUCACGAGCUAACGAAACGCCAUCAGAAAGGGAAGGGCGCCUUCAAGGUCUGCGUCACCAUGCCACAACAUUGAGAGCAAAUGAAACAUCAGAACAACGAGAAGCACGCAUGGAAGCCCAGCGUAUUCAAACAUCAUCAAGAAGAGCAGCAGAGAGGUCAGAGCAACAAGACUUGCGUCGUGAACAAAAUCGCAAUCGAAUGGCGGUUAAUCGUCAGAAUACUUCUGAUGCUUACGCACGUAUUGCAUUUAAUUACAGAACAGAUAUGGACUAUGCUAAUGAUAUAUUAGUGGCAAUUGGUCCCAUGAAUGUAGAAUGUAGCCAAUAUUGUAAUGCACACAGGUACAAAAAUGAAGCUCCUGGAAUGUGUUGUUCAAACGGUAAAAUUGUUUUGCCAGAUAUGCUUCCACCACCAGAACCUUUAAAGUCACUGAUUUCAGGAACUAGCGAGGAUUCUCGAAAUUUUCUUAGUAACAUAAGAAAAUAUAAUUCGUGUUUUCAAAUGACAUCAUUCGGAGCUACUAAAGUAGUUCGAGAUAAUUACAUGCCAACAUUUCGUGUGCAAGGACAAAUAUAUCAUCUAAUGGGAUCAAUUUUGCCAAUUCCAAAUGAAGAGCCCAAGUUUCUUCAAAUUUAUUUCAUGGGACAGGCAGAUGAUAAUGUUCAGGUACAACAACGGCAGCAUUAUAACCCUGGAACAAAGCAACGUAUUGUAGCUGAAUUACAGGUAAUGUUUCAUGAAAACAACGAAUUAAUAAGGACCUUUAAGCAAGCCAAAGAUGACCCGCGAUUAUGUACAGAUGACCACGUCAUAGCGAUUCAUGCUGAUAAAACACCAGCUGGACAACACCAAGGACGUUACAAUGCACCCACAAUGGACGAUGUGGCAAUUCUAAUGGUUGGUGAUCCAAUAGCCCCACGUGAUAUUAUUAUUCGUAGACGUGACGAUCGAACAAACAGGAUAGCUGAAACUCAUCGUUCAUAUGACGCACUUCAGUAUCCAAUUAUAUUGCCAUAUGGGGAAGAUGGAUAUCAUUUUGAGUUACGGCAAAUUAAUCCGGCAACAAAUGUAACAACAAGGAAAAAAGUGAGUGCAAUGGAUUUCUAUGCAUAUCGCAUAAUGAUACGCCAAAAUGUGAAUCACGUUCUAAAUUGCCGGGAAUUAUUUCACCAAUACAUUGUAGAUAUGUACGCGAAAAUUGAAACGGAGCGAUUAUUAUACAUACGCCGUAAUCAAGCUAAAUUACGAGUGGAUAAUUAUAUUCAUCUUAGGGAUGCGUUAAAUAAUCAAAAUGAUAUAAAUCCCAAUGAACUUGGCCAAGCCAUAAUUCUACCAGCAACUUUCACAGGCAGCCCACGUCAUAUGCAGGAAUAUUGUCAAGAUGCAAUGACGUAUGUUCGAUCAUAUGGACGCCCAGAUCUGUUUAUUACAUUUACAUGUAAUCCCAAGUGGAAUGAAAUUAUUUCUGAAUUGUCCAAUGGCCAAAAAUCAGCACAUCGACAUGACAUAACAGCACGAGUGUUUAAACAAAAAUUAAAAUCUCUUAUGGAUUUCAUUUUAAAAUGUCAUGUAUUUGGAGAAACACGGUGCUGGAUGUAUUCUGUCGAAUGGCAGAAACGUGGAUUGCCACACGCUCAUAUUUUGAUUUGGUUGGUUGAAAAAAUUACACCUAAUCUUAUUGAUAAUAUAAUUUCUGCAGAGAUACCCGAUCCAAACAUUGAUCCAGAUUUGCACGAAAUUGUAAUUAAAAAUAUGAUUCAUGGUCCAUGUGGAAUCAUUAAUACACAUUCUCCAUGCAUGGUUGAUGGAAAAUGCACAAAGAAAUAUCCACGUCAAUUGCUUCCACAAACAAUCUCGGGAAAUGAUGGAUACCCACUUUAUCGCCGACGUUCUGUGGAUGAUGGUGGCCAAACAAUUUCAGUAAAGAUAAAUGAAAAUGAUGUUGAUGUUGAUAAUCGCUGGAUAGUGCCUUACUGUCCAUUGCUUUCAAAAACCUUUAAAGCGCAUAUAAAUGUGGAGUAUUGUCAUUCUGUAAAGUCUAUCAAAUACAUCUGCAAAUAUGUAACUAAAGGGUCGGAUAUGGCUAUUUUUUCGUUGCAAAAUCCAAACGAUGAAAUUACUCAGUAUCAGAUGGCCAGGUACAUUAGUAGCAAUGAAGCAGUUUGGCGAAUUUUAGGAUUUCCUAUUCAUGAACGGCAUCCCACAGUUGUUCAUUUAUCAGUACAUCUUGAAAAUGGACAACGAGUUUAUUUUACAGAAGGAAAUGCGCGAGAGAGAGCAACAGAACCACCGGCUACAACACUAACUUCAUUUUUUGAUCUUUGCAGAAUGGAUUUAUUUGCUAAAACAUUGCUGUAUUCAGAAAUUCCAACGUACUAUACGUGGAAUGCAUCAACAAGGAAGUUCCAACGUCGUAAGCAAGGGAAACCUGUUGCAGGAUGGCCAAAUUUAUAUUCAACAGAUGCAUUAGGUAGGGUGUAUACUGUCCAUCCCCAAAAUUCAGAAUGUUUUUAUUUAAGACUGCUUUUAAUUAAUGUUCCAGGACCAACAUAUUUUGAGAACUUGCGUACUGUUGAUGGCGAAAUAUGUGCAACGUAUCGAGAGGCAUGCCAAAAACUACAAUUAUUGGAGAACGAUAGUCAUUGGGAAACCACGCUUGCAGAUGCAGCGGCAAUCAACCAUCGUUCGAAAAUAAGAACGUUAUUUGCAAUAAUAUUGGUGCCUUGCUCACCAGCCAAUCCAAAAGAACUAUGGAAUAAAUUCAAAACAUAUAUGGCUGAAGAUAUAUUACACCGGGAGAGAGUUACCACAAACAACGCUACAAUUGAACUCAACGAAAGAAUGUAUAAUGAGGCAUUAAUUUUACUGGAAGACAAAUGUUUGGAGAUAAAGAAUGUCGCACUCAUUGACGUUGGAAUGAUUUCCCCGAUUCGGUCAAGAACUGAUGCACAUGAUCAAGAUUUGCGACGAGAAAGAGAUUACAACACCCAAGAUUUGGAAAGUUUACUGGGAGAAAAUUUACCACAUUUACAACAAGAGCAGAGAAUAGCAUACAAUACUACAAUGGCAGCAAUAUCAAACAAACAUGGAGGACUGUAUUUUAUUGAUGCACCCGGAGGAACUGGAAAAACUUUUUUGAUUUCAUUAAUUUUGGCAAAAGUUCGAUCGCAAAAACAUAUUGCAUUAGCUAUUGCAUCAUCUGGCAUUGCAGCAACACUCUUAGAUGGUGGCAGAACAGCACAUUCUGCACUCAAAUUACCAUUGAAGCCUCAAUUUUACGAAGAUUACACAUGCAACAUAAAGAAAAAUUCUUCUAUGGGUAAAGUACUGCAACAAUGUGAAAUCAUAGUAUGGGAUGAAUGCACCAUGGCGCACAAAAAAUCUUUGGAAGCCCUUGAUCGCACUUUACAGGACUUAAGAAGUAAUAACAAAAUAUUUGGAGGUGCAUUAGUUCUAUUAGCUGGCGAUUUUCGUCAAACGCUUCCGGUAAUACCGGGAUCAACGCCAGCUGAUGAGCUAAAUGCAUGUCUAAAAUCAUCAUACCUUUGGAAACAUGUUCACACACUAAAAUUGACGACUAAUAUGCGUGUUCAGUUGCAACGUGAUGCUUCAGCUUCAACUUUUUCCAAACAAUUACUGGAUUUAGGGAACGGUAAAAUGCCAAUCCAUCCCACAACAAAAUGUAUAACAUUUCCAUCUGACUUCUGCAGGAUGACGCAAUCUAUACAAGAGUUAAUAAAUUGCGUUUUCCCCAAUAUCGGACAAAAUUUUAAAAACAAGCAAUGGUUAUGUGAACGCGCGUUACUGGCAGCCAAAAAUAUAGACGUUAACUCCAUCAACAGCAACAUUCUGAAUACCAUCGAUGGUAAUCUAAAAAUUUAUAAAUCAAUCGACACUGUUACAAAUAUUGAGGAUGUCGUCAAUUAUCCAGUAGAAUUUUUAAAUUCGUUAGAUUUGCCGGGCUUUCCACCACAUGACUUGCAGUUGAAAAUUGGUGCUCCUAUUAUUUUACUAAGAAACAUUGAUCCACCACGACUUUGUAAUGGCACUCGACUUAUAGUAAAGAAAUUAAUGAACAAUCUAAUCGAGGCGACCAUUAUAACUGGAAAGUACAAUGGAUCAGAUGUAUUGCUGCCACGUAUUCCGAUGAUAACUUCGGAAAUGCCAUUUGAUUUUAAGCGAUUGCAGUUUCCUAUUCGCCUAGCAUUUGCAAUGACAAUUAAUAAAGCUCAAGGUCAGUCUUUGCAAGUUUGUGGACUAAAUCUAGAAAAUCCAUGUUUUUCACAUGGACAGCUUUAUGUUGCAUGUUCGCGAGUGGGAAAACCCACAGACUUAUAUGUAUAUGCACCAGAAGGAAAAACCAAAAAUAUUGUAUAUCCUAAGGCAUUAGAAUAAAAAAUAAUUAAUAAAAAUAAUGUAUAUAUCAAACAUUAAAUAAAAAAUGUUUUUCUAUAAACUUCUAUAUUUAACAUUAAGGUUAUAAAUAAGAAACAAAUA